AUGCUGAAGGCCCAAGUGAGCAGGUGGACAUAUGCAGGCUGGCAGGAAAUGGCUGUACCUCCCGACAGCACGCAUGGAGGACGGUUUGCUCAUUUCACCAAAGAGGGAAAACAAAUAGUCAAUGGGUGUCUUUCACCCAUCUUCAGACUGAAGAGGAAGAGACAGCCAACUGAAGAGACAAAUCAGCGCCCUUGGACAAUGACCAACCAGUGCAAGGCAAAAAUGACUGAAAUUGUCCAGCAAACACAGUUGAAAGCGGUUAAAGAAACACAGCGGGUGCAGCAACCUGAGUGUGCUGACGAUCAAGUGCAUGAAGGGGAGCAGCUCAAUUAG